AUGAAGCAACGAGCGCCUCUUGGCGCAUUGUUGCAGUUGGCUAUAUUAGCCUUUCUAGCAGUCAGCAUCGUUCAAUCGCAAGCUACUUGCCGAGACUGCUCAAACCGAGGAUGUUUCUGCGUUGGAGAAAAAGGAUCAAUGGGUGCGCCGGGACCACAAGGCCCACCUGGAGCUAAUGGAAUCCGAGGAUUCCCAGGACCGGAAGGACUCGCCGGACCAAAAGGACAGAAAGGAGCCCAAGGACCACCUGGACCACAGGGUACAAAGGGUGACCGAGGAGCCGUUGGAGUUCCAGGAUUCCCUGGAAACGAUGGUGCAAAUGGACGGCCUGGAGAGCCCGGACCACCAGGAGCACCUGGAUGGGAUGGAUGCAACGGAACUGAUGGAGCCCCGGGAAUCCCAGGACGGCCGGGUCCACCAGGAAUGCCAGGAUUCCCUGGACCACCAGGAAUGGAUGGACCAAAAGGAGAGCCAGCUAUCGGAUCUUCCGGUGCUCCGGGAGAGAAGGGUGAUGGCGGUAUGCCAGGAAUGCCAGGACUCCCUGGACCACCAGGACGUGAUGGAUAUCCAGGAGAGAAAGGAGAUCGAGGAGACACUGGAGAAGCUGGACCACGAGGACCUCCAGGAGAAAUCGGAAUGCCAGGAAACCCAGGAAUUGGAAGCAUUGGACCAAAAGGAGAUCCUGGAGAUAUAGGUGCUGUGGGACCUCCGGGACCACCAGGACCACGCGAGUUUACCGGAUCUGGUUCGAUCGGAGAUAUUGGUGCUCGCGGACCACCAGGUCCGCCAGGCCCAAUUGCCUCGACAAUGUCAAAGGGCACAAUUAUCGGCCCUAAAGGAGACCUAGGAGAAAAGGGAGAAAAGGGAGAGCCUGGUGAGGCUGGACAACGCGGUUAUCCAGGAAACGCCGGUCUUCCUGGACAGCCUGGACUUCCAGGAAUGAAGGGAGAGAAAGGAUUGAGUGGACCAGCUGGACCAAGAGGAAAGGAAGGACGACCAGGAAAUCCAGGACCACCAGGAUUCAAGGGAGAUCGCGGUCUUGAUGGACUUGCUGGACUUCCAGGACUUCCAGGACAGAAAGGAGAAGCCGGAUACCCUGGAAGAGAUGGACCAAAAGGAAACGCUGGACCACCAGGACCACCAGGAGGAGGCACCUUCACUGAUGGACCACCAGGACCGCCAGGAUUGCCAGGACGACCUGGAAACCCAGGACCACCAGGAAACGACGGAUACCCGGGACAACCAGGACCACCGGGACCAAUUGGCAAUCCAGGAGGACCAGGUCUUCCAGGAUUCCCAGGAAAUGAGGGUCUUCCAGGACAAAAGGGAGAAAAGGGUGACGCUGGAAAUCCGGGAGCUCCGGGAGUGUCGGGACCACCAGGAGUUCCGGGACUUGCCGGACCAAAAGGAGAACCAGGAUAUCGUGGAACCCCGGGACAAAGCAUUCCAGGACUUCCAGGAAAGGACGGACGACCAGGACUUGACGGACAGCCAGGAAGAAAAGGAGAACAAGGUCUUCCAGGAGUUCGUGGACCACCAGGAGAUUCGUUGAACGGACUUCCUGGAGCCCCAGGACCACGUGGACCACCAGGACCAAAGGGAUAUGACGGACGUGACGGAAUCAAUGGAUUGCCCGGAGUUCCAGGACACAAAGGAGAAAAGGGAGGAACUUGCUCGAUCUGCGCUCCAGGAGCCAAAGGAGAAAAGGGACUUGCUGGAUAUCCAGGACAGCCAGGGCCACAAGGAGAGCGCGGUCUCCCAGGAAUGCCAGGACCAGUCGGAGAUCCAGGAGACGAUGGUUUGCCCGGACCGGCUGGACGCAACGGACCACCAGGACCACCAGGAGUCGACGGACUUCCAGGAUUGCCAGGACAAAAAGGAGAGGCAACUCAACUUGUUCUUCGACCAGGACCACCAGGAUACCCAGGACUCAAAGGAGAAGCUGGGUUCCCAGGACUUCCAGGACAAGACGGACUUCCUGGAGCCCCAGGACCGAUUGGACCACCGGGAGCACCAGGAUAUCCAGGAGCAAAGGGAGACGCUGGUCUUCCAGGAUUACCAGGAAAACCAGGAAACGACGGACUUCCGGGACUUCCAGGAAUGAAAGGAGAGCCAGGAUAUGGACAACCAGGAUUGCAGGGACCACCAGGAAUUAAGGGAGAUUCUGGAUUGCCAGGACUUCCAGGAACACCAGGACUUCAAGGACCACCAGGAGAGCCAGCUCCAGAAAAUCAAGUCAACCCAGCUCCACCAGGUCCGCCAGGCAUGCCAGGACUUCCGGGACCAAAAGGAGAAUCUGGAUUCCCAGGAAGACCUGGAGAACCUGGACCAGCAGGAUUCCCAGGACUUCCAGGACAAAAGGGAGAGUCUGGACUUCCAGGACCACCAGGAAUUCCAGGACUCCCAGGAACACCAGGAGAGAAAGGAUUCAACGGAGUGCCAGGAGUCCCAGGAACACCAGGACCAAAGGGUGACGUUGGAAUUCCAGGAUUGCCAGGAAUUCCAGGACAAAAGGGAGAGCCAGGAAUUGGACUUCCUGGACAGCCAGGAUCACCAGGAUUCCCGGGAUUGAAGGGAGACGCUGGACUUCCAGGACUUCCAGGAGCCCCAGGACUUGAAGGAGCCAGAGGGCAUCCAGGAGCUCCAGGUCUCAAAGGAGAGAAUGGACUUCCAGGAGCCCCAGGACAACCAGGAUACCCAGGAGAGAAAGGAGAACCAGGAUUCCCUGGUCUCCCUGGAAAGGAAGGAUUACCUGGACUUCCAGGAAACGACGGACUUCCAGGUCUUCCAGGACAAAAGGGAGAUGAUGGUCUUCCAGGUCUUCCAGGAGUCACCGGUUUGAAGGGAGAAACUGGAGUUCCAGGAUUGGUCGGUCCGCCAGGACUUCCAGGAUCACCAGGAUACCCAGGACAGAAGGGUAACAACGGAAUUCCAGGAGUUCCAGGAUACAAGGGAGACGCUGGUCUUCCAGGACUCCCAGGAACACCAGGAAUGAAAGGAGAGCCAGGAGUCCCAGGAAUGCCAGGACUCCCAGGACCAAAGGGAAUGAGUGGACUGCCAGGACUUCCAGGACAGGACGGACUCCCAGGAGUUCCAGGAAUCAAAGGAGAUCGUGGAUUCAACGGACUUCCAGGAGAGAAAGGAGAACCAGGACCAGCUGCUCGUGAUGGAGCUAAGGGAGAUGCAGGACUUCCAGGACAACCAGGUCUUCGCGGACCACCAGGACCAUCUGGACUUCCAGGAAUUCCUGGAUUGAAGGGAGAGGCUGGAUUACCAGGAUACGGACAGCCAGGAAUGCCAGGAGAGAAGGGACUUCCAGGAAUCCCAGGAAAGCCAGGACGACAAGGAGCUCCAGGAGCUCCAGGACAAGACGGCCUCCCAGGAUUCCCAGGUCUUAAGGGAGAAGCGGGAUACCCAGGACAAGACGGUCUGCCAGGACGUGAUGGACUUCCAGGACUUCCAGGACAGAAGGGAGAUGUCGGACCACAAGGAAUUCCAGGACUUCAAGGACCACCGGGAUUGGAUGGACAACCAGGAGUUCCAGGAAUUCGUGGAGACAAGGGACAAUCUGGACUCCCAGGUCUUCCAGGAGAUCGUGGACUUGAUGGCAUGCCAGGGCUCAAGGGAGACACCGGUUAUCCAGGACAGCCAGGACUUCCAGGAAUUCCAGGAGAAAAGGGAGCUUCGGGAGCACCAGGAUUCCCCGGAAUCAAAGGAGCCCCAGGAUAUCCGGGACAAGAUGGACUCCCUGGAGUUCCAGGACAGAAGGGAGAUACUGGCUACCCAGGACAACCAGGACGUGAAGGACUUCCAGGACUCGCUGGAGAGAAGGGAAAUGCUGGACUCCCGGGUCUUCCAGGAGCUCCAGGACAGUCGUUCCCAGGACCAGUUGGACCUCCAGGAGCACCAGGUCUUCCAGGAAAAGAUGGAUUCCCAGGACUUCCAGGACAAAAGGGAGAUGCCGGACUUCCAGGUCUUCCAGGAGCCCCAGGACUUAAGGGUGACUCUGGAUUGCCAGGAUUCCCAGGACAAAAGGGAGAACCAGGACUUAACGGAAUUCCAGGAAUGAGAGGAGACGACGGACUUCCAGGAGUUCCAGGAAGAGACGGCGCUCCAGGACUUCCAGGAAUUAAGGGAGAAGUCGGACCAACUGGACCACCAGGACAGCCAGGAUAUCCAGGAAUCCCAGGGCUCAAGGGAGAAGGAGGUCUUCCAGGAUUCCCAGGUCCAAAGGGAGAGUCUGGACUUCCAGGAGUUCCAGGAACUCCGGGAUAUCCAGGAGAGAAAGGAGACUCUGGAUUGCCAGGAUUGCCAGGAAGAGAUGGAGCCCCAGGUCUCGAUGGACCAAUGGGACCACCAGGAGAGCCAGGACCGCUCAACAUUGUCACGCCAGGUGCUAAGGGUCUUCCAGGACUUCCAGGAGCCCCAGGACUUCGUGGAGAAAAGGGAAUGCCAGGACUUGAUGGACCACCAGGAAACGACGGACCACCAGGACUUCCAGGACAACGCGGACAAGACGGAUUCCCAGGAGCUCCAGGACUUCCAGGAGAGAAGGGAAUGUCUGGCUUGCCAGGAUUCCCAGGACUUGAUGGAGCCCCAGGAGGCCCAGGAGCCCCAGGACUUCCAGGAUCCCCAGGACCAGCUGGACCAGCCUACCGUGACGGAUUCGUUCUUGUCAAGCACUCGCAGACCACCGAAGUUCCAAGAUGCCCAGAUGGACAAACCAAACUUUGGGACGGAUAUUCCUUGUUGUACAUUGAAGGAAAUGAGAAAUCCCAUAACCAAGAUCUCGGACAUGCUGGAUCAUGCUUGCAACGCUUCUCGACCAUGCCAUUCCUGUUCUGCGAUUUCAACAACGUUUGCAAUUACGCUUCCAGAAAUGACAAGUCAUACUGGCUCUCAACCUCGGCCGCAAUUCCAAUGAUGCCUGUCAACGAGCGCGAAAUCGAGCCAUACAUCUCGAGAUGUGCGGUGUGCGAGGCACCAGCUAACGUGAUCGCCGUUCACUCGCAGACGAUCCAAAUUCCAAAUUGCCCAGCUGGAUGGAACAGCCUCUGGAUCGGUUAUUCGUUCGCCAUGCACACUGGCGCCGGUGCCGAAGGAGGCGGUCAAUCGCUCAGCUCACCAGGAUCGUGCCUCGAAGACUUCCGCGCCACUCCAUUCAUUGAAUGCAACGGUGCUCGCGGUUCAUGCCACUACUUUGCCAACAAGUUCUCAUUCUGGUUGACAACCAUUGAUAAUGACAACGAGUUCAAGAUCCCAGAGAGUCAAACUCUCAAGUCUGGAAAUUUGCGUACACGCGUUUCAAGAUGCCAAGUCUGUAUCAAGUCAACGGAUGGUCGUUAUUAA